AUGGGACAGAAAGCUGAAAGAGCAGGAAGUUGAUUUUCUCGUAUGUUGGUCCCAGCUCUGCUCAUGUUGGGCUGGAUUGUGGGAUGUGCGGUGGUUGUCUACAUUGUCUUUUCCUAGGUCUGAUGGAUCAUACUUUUACCAAUGUGUCCUUUGAGGCUGGACUGCUUCAUAUAAGGAACCAGUGGAGGAGGAUGACAGAAGAUGCAUUUUAAGGACAGCACUAAAAGAGGAUGAAGACAGUAUGUGUGUGUG